AGGAAUAUGAUCAUGUUUACUUUUAAAUUGUUAAACGGCGGAUAUAUGCUUUUUUAAAUUAUUUUUUUAAACCACCUAGACCCACCUGUUCAGGUGAAUGACGUCACCGCCUCCAGGCGAAAGGCGGAAGAAGACGACGCCGGUAAACCGCCCGUGUUAGUCCGCCUUUUCACAUCUUUAUCGGUCAUUUAAAAGUUAAAAAAAGGGCGGCCAUGGAGGUCUGCUUCACCGCGCGUCAACAGUCGACGUUUAACUUCGCGGUGUUGGUGGUCGCCUACCUCGUCUACCUGCUCAUUGGCGCCGGGGUCUUCUCCGCCAUCGAGCUGCCCUACGAGGUGGAGCUGCGGGCCGAGCUGGAGGCCUCCCAGCGGGACUUCAUCCGCAACAACACCUGCGUGUCGGAGGAGGACCUCCAGGCGCUGCUGGCCCGCGCCUUGGAGGCCAACAACUAUGGCGUGUCCGUCCUGGGAGGAAGCAGCCAACGGAACUGGGACUUCAUGUCCUCCUUGUUCUUCACCAGCACCGUGCUCACCACCACAGGUUACGGUCAUACGGUUCCUCUGUCGGACGAAGGAAAGGCGUUCUGCAUCUUCUACUCCAUCGUGGGCAUCCCCGUCACCCUCUUCUUGCUCUCCGCCAUGGUGCAGAGGAUCAUGAUCCUGGUGACCCGCCGACCCCUCUCCUACUUCCCCCGCAGGUGGGCCGUGUCCAAGUCCAGGUUCGCCGUGGGCCACGCCGCCCUCCUGGCCGCGGUCGUGGCCAUGCUGGUGCUCAUCAUCCCCGCCUGGAUCUUCUGGGCCUUGGAGAAGGACUGGAACUUUCUGGAGUCGCUCUACUUCUGCUUCAUCUCCUUGACGACCAUCGGUCUGGGAGACUACGUGCCAGGGGAGAGGCACGACAAAGAGGACAGCCCACACCGCCACAUCUACAAGCUGGUCAUCACCGUGUACCUGCUGCUGGGCCUGCUGCUGAUGCUGGUGCUGAUGGAAACGUGCGUGGAGCUGCCUCAGAUGAAGCGCCUCAGACAGAGGUUCUACCAGGAGGACAUCCGGGAGCUGGACGGCGAGGCGGCCAACAUCAUGGAGCGUGAGCACGUCGCCGAGCCGCACGUCAACUACCGCCCGGGCGGCAUCCCGUCCGUGUCGCAGCAGGCCGCCUCCAUGAGGGCGGGCGGCAGGCAGGUGUCGUACACGCCGGCCUCAGGCUCCUCCCUCCACGGCCAACUGAGCUGAACUCGCCGAGAGAGGGGAAGUGAAAACAGACAUGGCCGCUUUUUUUCUUCUUCUUCUUCCUUGUUUGCUCGUUCCAUGCAGAUAAGAGUAGGAACACAAGAGGAAGGGCUGGGAACUUUCCACUUCCUGCCUGAAAGUUCACAUCAAGGCUUAGCCAAUGAUUAGC